UGGUGGCUCCGUAAAUAAUAACUGUGAUAAAAAUUCCGGACAGUGUGCAUGCAGACCACGCAUCAACGGUCGACAGUGUGAUAAGGCACUCCAGACUCAUUAUUUUUCAACCCUGUAUCAACAUCAGUUCGAAAUUGAAGAUGGACGCACUCCAGCUAAUACUCAAGUUAGAUUUGGAUUCAAUGAAAAUAUUUUUCCUGGCUAUUCUUGGAGAGGUUAUGCAAUAUUUUCUGAAAUUCAGAGAGAGAUUUUAUUGGAUAUAUAUGUUGAAAAAUCAAGCUUAUAUCAAAUUAUUUUCCAUUAUAUGAGUUUUGGUGGAGAAAAUGUUAUGGGUACCAUUACAUUUACGCCUGAAGGCUUUUCAGAUAUUCAACAGAGUAGUGAUAUGGUAUUUGAAGCAACUACUCAGCCAAGAUUAAUGAGAGUCGCUGGAAAACAGGGAUUGACGGCAGCCCCUUUCGUUCUUAAUCCCGGUCGAUGGACAGUAUCCAUUAGAGUGGAAAAUCCUUUAUUUUUGGAUUAUAUGGUUCUUCUACCUCAAGCAUAUUACGAAGCUACAUUAUUACAAGAGGCUAUAAAUAUUCCGUGUGAGCUCGGUCAAGAGAAUGAAUCUUGCAGACAUUUUAGAUAUCCAUUAAUACCCGAAGAAUCGUCCGUUGUGAGAGGAGAAGCGGGUUACGUUGCAUUCGAUGAUCAAAGAAUUCGCACCCAGUUAUAUCAAGAUGAAUAUAUUAUAGAAGAGCUUGAAACAGAAGAAAUGGCAUGGUUAAAUAGUGAUCAAACAUCUCUCCAUUUGGAUAUGCGUGUAAGCAAACCGGGAGAAUACGUAUUUGUUAUUAUUUAUUAUACUCCAGAAAAUGUCGAAACUGCAAACGUCAUGGUUGAAUUGUCGACGACAAAUAAAAUGGAUAAAGGAAUUGCAGUUUUGUAUGAAUGCACUUAUUCUUUCCUUUGUAGGGAAGUCGUAAUGCAAGCUGAUGGACAGAUUGCCAUAUUUGACAUUGACUCUAAUUCCCUUAAUCUGCAAUUAACUAUUGGAAAUAAUUCCAAUGUGAUUAUAGAUAGCAUCGCUGCAAUACCAUAUGAUAUGUGGCAUUCCGAUUUUAUUGUUCCUCAAUCUCAAUGCAUUAAGAAGGAUGGUAAAUGCUUAGAAAUAAAAUUUCCUCCAGUUCCAGAUGCCACAAAAAUAGAGUUUGAAAGUGGAUUUAAUGAAGAGCGAAUAGCUUCUGAUCUGCCAGUCACAAUCUUCGAUAAAGAUGCCAAAUUAAUCUAUUUAAAUUAUUCUGACGCCAUGGUUGACAUUCAAGGAUCAGUACCGGAUACUGGAAAAUACGUAUUAGUUGUUCAUUAUUAUCAGCCAGACCAUCCAAGUUUCGAAAUGGACGUGAUAAUUCAAAAUGGACAAUUUUAUGAAGCAGUUCUUCCCAUUAAACACUGUCCAGACAGCUCAGGCUGUCGAGCCGUGGUGAAAGAAAAAAUUACAAGCGAUGUGUCUUUCCAAAUAUUAAAGAAUUUUGUACUGACUUUGAAAGAACCAAAUCACAAGAGUGUAUGGGUGGAUUAUGUUUUAGCUAUUCCAAGUUCUCAAUAUGAUGAGAGUUUGCUUCAUCCUCUUCCUCAAGAUAAAGCUGGAAAGUUUAUUACUAACUGUGGUCAGAAUAAUUUUUAUAUAACACCAGAUGCUUCAGAAUAUUGUAGAGAGUCAACAUUUUCUCUUACGUCAGAAUACAAUAAUGGUGCAUUGCAAUGCAAAUGCGAUACGGACGGCUCGUACAGUUACGAAUGUAACGAGUUUGGUGGACAGUGUAACUGUAGACCCAAUGUCAUAGGCCGAACUUGUUCUCGUUGUCAGACGGGAUUUUUCGGUUUUCCCAAUUGCAAACCGUGUAAUUGUCCUUCGACUGCCAUCUGUCAUCCGACCACCGGCCAGUGCAUAUGCCCUCCGAGAGUAACGGGAGAAAAAUGUGACAUGUGCAUACCUCACACCUAUGGAUUUGAUGCAAUUAUUGGUUGCGAGGAAUGUAGCUGUAAUCCUCUCGGAGUGGAUAGAGGCAAUCUUCAAUGCGAUCUCGAUAGUGGUCAGUGUGAAUGUAAAUCUAAUAUUGUUGGAAGAGCAUGCGACAGAUGCAAAUCAGGUUAUUGGGCAUUUCCCUUGUGUCAUCUGUGCAGUUGUGAUUUACGAGGAACUACGGAAGAAAUCUGUGACCAAGAUAACUCAAGAUGUCACUGUAAGGAAAAUGUAUUUGGAGAUUUCUGUGAUCAGUGUAGACCGGGAACAUUUUAUCUAGAAGAAAACAAUCCAGCAGGAUGUAGCAAAUGCUUCUGUUUUGGAACUACCGACAGAUGCUAUAGUUCAUAUUUCCUAUUUACUCAGAUAAGUGAUUACAGAAAUUGGAAAAGUGCCGUUGUAAGAGGUAAUAAUCAUUUGAUUAUGGAAGAUACAGAUGUUGAAAUUGAAGAAAGAUCAUUUAGUGUAACGGCGAGAUUAGAUGAUCUUCCAACGGGAACUUUAUUUUAUUUUUCGGCACCUUUUACUUAUCUCGGAAACAAGAUAAAAUCAUAUGGUGGAAAUCUACAAUUCACAUUAAGUACUGAGGAUCACGAAUCGAUCAUAGGGAGCAUAAUUGGUCCAGACAUUAUUUUAAUGGGCAAUAAUAUUACUAUUGUUCAUAAUCACGUGGAACAACCUAGUGAAGAUGCUUUUGAAUUUCAAGUUAAUAUUAUAGAGAGAGAAUUUCAACAUCUAACAGGAGGGGAAGUAAGCAGAGAACAAAUGAUGAUGGUUUUGGUUAAUUUGGAACUUCUCCUUAUUCGUGGUACUCAUUUUCAACCACCAAUAACUAUCACCUUAAGUAAUGUCGUGAUGGACGUUAUGUCCGACAAUUACGUUGCCGAUGGACCCAAAGCCUUGAGAGUCGAACAGUGUCAGUGCCCUCCGAAUUAUCAAGGAACGUCUUGCGAGGAAUGUGCUCCUGGUUAUUAUCGAUCUAAGACGGGUCCUUACUUAGGAUUUUGCGUACCAUGCCAGUGCAAUGGAAAUUCAGAAUCCUGCGAUGUUAAAACUGGGAAAUGUUUUAACUGUAGACAUCAUACUACAGGUGACCAUUGUGAAUUAUGUGCACCCGGAUAUCAUGGAGAUGCAACUAAAAAUGAUUGCUUGAUCUGUGCUUGUCCUCAACCUAAUGAAUCUAAUAAUUUUGCAGAAAGUUGUGAAGUUUCACCAAGUGGCUUUGAAAUUAGUUGCAAUUGUAAACCUGGUUAUUAUGGACCCCGAUGUGAAGUAUGUGCCGCAGGAUAUUACGGCCAACCCGAAGUUCGUGGAAGCCAGUGCCUUCCGUGCCAGUGUAGCGGGAACAUUGACACUAAUAUUCCGGGAAGUUGUGAUUCGGUGACCGGCGAAUGCGUAUUAUGUCUAAAUAAUACUUUUGGUGCCGCCUGCGAACUCUGUGCUCCUGGAUAUUACGGAGAUGCAAUAAGCCAAAAAGAUUGCAAACCAUGUGACUGUGAUUCUUGUGGUACAAGUUAUUGUAAUCAUAACACUGGUGAAUGUGUUUGUCAUCAUAAUGUAAUUGGCUAUGAAUGCGAUCAAUGUGCACCAAAUCAUUGGGGAUUUUCAAGAUGUCAGGGAUGUGCACCUUGCAAUUGCGAGAUAGCAUCGAACAGUCAGCAGUGUGAUCUCGAAACAGGACAGUGUGACUGCAAGCCGGGAGUAACUGGAAUGACCUGUGGCAUCUGCGAACCCGGAUACUGGUUAUAUUCACCAGAAGGCUGCAUCUCAUGUAACUGUGAUGAAAAGUAUUCUGCGGGAGCUGUCUGUAACCCCGACACGGGCCUUUGUCAGUGCCUUCCCGGAGUCAUUGGCGAUAAAUGUGACAGAUGUCCUUAUCGUUGGGCAUUUGUGGAUAAAAUUGGUUGUCAUGAAUGUGGCCCAUGUGUUCAUGCUCUUUUGGACGAUACUGAUUAUUUAAAAAGUGUGAUCGAUCCCGUUUGGGAGGAGAUGACAGACAUUUCUACAAGUUAUUUUGCCUAUCAACGUUUGAAUAAUGUCAAUAAAAGUGUUCAUGAACUUUGGCCCAAAGUGAAUGCUUUCAAUCGUUCUGAAAUUGAUUUGACGCCGUUGUUAACUGAGAGUGAAAGCAUUGAACUUACAGCAAAGGUCCUUGACCUAAAGACAAGUGAAAGCUUAGAUGAAUCCCAUAAACUUGCAACAGAAGCAGAUAAUACAAGAAAAACAGCUUUAGAAGUAGAGAAACUUAUCCACGAAGCUGCAUGGAAAGCUGAAGAAUUAGUUAAAGAAUUGAAGGAGUUGGCAGAGGGUCUUACUGGUUCGGUGGGACCAAGUACAGACCUUCUGAUUACAGAAGCGGAAAGAAUAUUGGAUGAAUUGAAAACUAGAGAUUUUUCGGAACAGAGAAAAGUUACUGAAGAAGAAUCAGAAUUAGCAAGAGAAUUGCUUGAACAAGUAAAGGAUUUUCAAAUUCCAAUGUUGUUGAAUAAAGCAGAUUUGGAUAAACUGAAGGAAAGAGUAAAACAAUUGGAAAAUUUUGUUACUAAUUACAUAGACAAUGCAAACGAAGCCAAUAAACUUACUGACGAUUAUAGGAAAAAUGCUGAGUAUAUCAAAAAUAUACCAACAUUGGAAACAGUGAAUAAAAUAGGAGAAAAAUCAGAAAUGAUAGAAGAAUUACUUGAUAAGGCACUAGAUCUUCUUGAAAAAGCAGAGAAGUUAUUGAAUGACGCAGAGAAUAACUUUGAUAAUUUUGAAAGAGAUUUUGAAAGCAUGCUUAUAUCAGGAAGGGAAUUAGCAAACAAUUUAGAAGACUUAGAAAUAGAAUUAGAAGAAUUAAGACCACAAGUUGAGGAAGCAAAGUUGUAUGCAGAAGAUCUUGCUAAACAAGCUUUACUCUUGGACAGUUUAUUGGCAGACACAAGAAAUAGUUCAGAAGGAGCAGUGAAAGCUGCAACUGUUUACCAAGAUAUUAUUUUAGCCAUCGAUGAUGCUGAGGAAGCUGCAAAGGAUGCAUUAAGAGCAGCUGAUGAAGCUGGAAUUAAGUCCGAAGGUGUGGCAGAAAGAGCUGAAAAUUCAAGAAAUAUUAGUGAAGAUCUCCUUAAUACAGCAAGAUUAUUGGAACAACAAGUUGCAGAAGACUUAAAGCCAAAACUUGAUUAUGCCAAGAAAGGAGUUUCAUCGAUAGGUCAGCAAAACGAAAAAAAUUCAAGAGAUUUAGACAUAAUUGACAAAGAACUGGAGAAACUGCCUUUCCGAGAAUUACAAAACAUGAUUAAUGAUGCCAAUGAUAAAUCAGUGGAGGCUGAAAAUCUGGCAAAUCGUGUACAAGAAGAUAUUGAAAAUAUUUUGUUAAAAAUACAAGAAGAUAGAGAUACGGCAGAAGAAAUACCUAUUAAUUUGGACGAGAUUAAAGAUGCAGUCAAAACAGCUGAUAAGUAUUUGGAUUUGGUGAAAACAAUUGAUCCAGAAAUUGAUGAUCUGCUGGAAAAAGUUGGAAAAAAGGAAACGGCAGUAAGAAUAACUGGUAAAGACGUCAGUGACAAAAUAGCCGAACUUCGUCAGAAAGUUGCUCUUGCUCAAAAUCAAGCUAACAGGAUUAAAUUAGGUGUUAGAUUUUUUGACAAUACUACGCUACAGCUACGAAAUCCCGAAGGACUAGAUAGAUCGGCAACUUACACUCACAUGUCGCUGUAUUUCAAUACAGAAAAAUCCGAUGGACUUCUAAUAUAUGUCGGAAAUGAAAAAGGAACUCAUAAUCUUAUUUGGAAUGCUUUAACAGAUGAUUUUAUGGCUUUAGAAGUACAAGCUGGAAGACUAGUGUUAUCUGUUGAUCUAGGAUAUGGCGUUAAUAGAAUUGUGAAUGAUCGUUAUGUGGCUGAUGGAGUCUGGCAUCAAGCAAUCAUUGAAAGAACUGGAAAAACUUUCACAUUGACAGUAAGAACAGAAAGGGAAGAUGAUUCAGUUAAACAGGAUGUUUUACCAGGAACAUAUAGUGUAUUUAAUUUGGAUCAACAUCAUUCUAAGUUUUACAUUGGUGGAAUACCAGAUGACGCUAAAAUUCAAGCAGAAGUGUUAUCACGACAUUUUAUUGGCUGUAUAGAAGAAUUAGAAUUUGGUAAAACUCCAGUUGGUCUGUGGAAUUUUGUUAAAGCAGAAAAUAAUUUCGAAGGUUGCAUCGAGAGAGAUGCAUUUGUUACUCUUCAGCCAAGUAACGGUCUGAGAUUUGACGGAACAGGUUAUGCAAUCUUACCGAUUAGACGGCAUAACUUUAAAAGAACCACAGACUUCAGCAUGGAAAUUAAAACAUAUGCUAGCGAAGGGCUUUUGUUUUUAAUUGGCAAAAAUAGAAAUUUCUUGGCCAUGGAAUUAAGACAAGGAAAAGUAUUGCUCAAAUACAAUCUGGGAGACGGACUGGUCACUUUAAUUUCUAAUGUGACCGUAAACGAUGGAAACUGGCACGUGUUGGGAGUCUCGAGAUAUGAAGGAGAAGCUAUAUUAAAGAUACAAGGUGUUGAGGUAGACAGUGGAAAAUCUCCAGGGCCUUCUAUAGAUUUGUCUACCACUGAUGACAUAUUUAUUGGUGGCUAUCCAAGAAAUCACGGUUAUUCAGAUGUUACCAAUGUAGAUUUUGAAGGGUGUAUAGAUAAUGUACAAAUUGGUACACAGUUACAAGAUCUUAAUAACAAUAAAGAAGCCUUAGGAGUUGUUUCGGGUUGUCCGCCUAUGAUUGCCAGAACCAUUUCAUUUUCAAAUAUCACUCCAGGAUACGUGGCAAUGCCUAAUAUUAAUUUAAGGAGGAAAGCAGAACUCACUUUCAAAUUUAAAACCGAAGAGGACGGUCUCUUGUUCUAUGCUGAUAAUGAAGAACACUUAAGUUACUUAUCAAUUUCGUUAAAGGACGGUAGAUUAAUUAUGAAAAGUAAUCCUGGUGGAGAAAUCAUAACCAAACCAGACAUCAGAUACAACGAUAAAAAGUGGCAUUACGUAACUGCUACUAAGACAAACAAAGAGAUGCACCUAAAUAUCGAUGACAUAGACUUCAACGACCAGGAAGUUAGUGCUAGAACAAAUCUCAUCAUAACUUCUCCUCUGUAUUUCGGCGGUGUUCCCGAUGAUUAUAGCAUUAAUGCGGAUGCAGUGCCUUCUAAAAGGCAUUUUAUUGGUUGCUUGGGAGACACGACCGUCAUAGGUUUGUUCCAGAAUUUCGCAGACUCCCAAGAUCGUCCAGGUGCUUCCUUGACUACCUGUCCACUGGCAGAACCCUCGCACAUCGUGACCAUCCAACCCGACGGUUCCGAUUUAGAACCUACUGAAACCAUUUAUACUCCAGAACCUAUACCCCCCAGCAAGUGUUACUUGCCAUUACAUCCCAAACCAGACUUGGAUGUAAAACCCGAAGACGGACUCCGAUAUGGCAACACACCUUGGAGCAGACAGGAAUUUUCAAUUCGAGGAAGCACCAUACUCGAAGAGAGUCAAUUUAGCCUGGAAUUUAAGACGCGCCUCUUUGAUGGAAUCUUGUUAUACGUGGCGGGAAAAGGACAGAUCGAUUUUGAGGCUCUUUUUAUGCAAGACGGAAAGAUUCAUUACACUUACAAUUGUGGAAGUGGUGGGACCGUAAUAUCUACUACAAAAGCUUAUAAUGAUGAUCUAUGGCAUAGAGCAGAUUUCUCCAGAAGUGGAAAAGAGGGCAUAUUGAUUGUAGACGAAGAAGAAAUCACGGGAGAAUCUCCAGGACAGACUAGUUCCAUGAAUGUUAAACCACCUUUAUAUGUUGGUGGAUUGUCAGAAGCAACUGCGAGAAUAGCAAAAAAUAACUUAAAAGGAGUGAUCGUGCCUUUCCCCGGCUGCAUUCGAAACGUGAGAUUACGUAACGAGGAACUAACCAAGCGUAUCACUUCCGUCAACGUCACCGGAUGUUCCGAUAAGGUGGAAGAAGGAACCUUCAUAUCGGCCGACGGAGGAUAUGUCAUUCUGUAUGAUAAAUUCAACGUGGGAAAACAAAUUUCCGUUUCGAUGAAGAUCAAACCCAGAAAGACGUCGGGAGUUCUGAUGGCUGUGCACGGAUCCAAGGACUAUUUGGUAGUCCAGAUGAUCGACGGAAUGGUCAAGUUCACCGUCGAUGACGGGGGAGGCCCUUACAGCGCGGUCUACAACCCCCCCAGCGAAAACUAUUUAUGUGAUGGAGAUUGGCAUUCCAUCAGAAUCGUGAAAACCUCGAACGUGGCUAUAGUCACAGUGGACGACGUCACCAGCGAUCCAAAGUUCGGACCAGGCGCCGUCACCGCCACCGACACCAACGACCCCCUGUACCUGGGAGGAGUUCCCGACCCAGGUUCCCUGAAGGGAGUGGAAGUGACGGAACAUUUCGUUGGAUGCAUCGGCUCCGUCAACCUGAAUGACCAGAAGGUGUGGCUGACUCAGGGAAGAGUCUUCGGCCAAGUCACUUUGAAUUCUUGUCCCAGAACGUAACUCAAUUCAUAAAUUUGCCUCCCAAACGUCAUAUUUCAAGCAUUUCUUCUUUUUUCGACCACACCCGUAGACACUCAUCCGAGCUUCUUCUGUAAUGGGAAGAUUCCAAAUUUGCCUUUUUAAUGUAAAAGUAAUUUCGAAUAAAAGUAUUUUCUCUGCUUUCAUUAUUUUCGGUAAAGAAUACAUUUCUGAGAAAAUUAUAAAUAAUGCACCGCACGUUAUGCUUUUUUUCCUUUCGAGGGUGGCCAAAUAAUUCGAAUUUACUGGA